UGUUUUCUCGUCUGCUGAUCGUUUCUAAAUGCCUGAAUUAAAAAUUUUGGAGGUUUCUAUGAAGCCAUUUCCUGGAAUGAAACCGGGAACAAGUGGUCUAAGGAAAGCAACGAAAACUUUUAUGGAAGAACACUACACUGAGGCAUUUGUCCAAUGCAUAUUGAGGGCAGGUCUGGGGGACAGGUUGCAAGGGUCCACGCUGGUUGUCGGUGGCGAUGGACGAUAUUAUAAUAAUGAGGCUUUGCAGAAAAUCAUACAAAUAUCUGCUGCAAACAAGGUUGCCAAGUUAUACAUUGGUAGAAAUGGAAUUAUGUCAACACCAGCUGUCUCAUGUUAUAUUCGAAAGAAGAAAGCAAGUGGUGGAAUAAUUUUGACAGCAUCUCACAAUCCUGGGGGACUUGAUCAUGAUUUUGGUAUCAAGUUCAACACCUGCAAUGGAGGACCAGCUCUUGAAAAUCUUACAGACAAAAUGUUUGAACUGUCAAAAUCAAUUACCAGUUAUCUCAUUUGUCCUGAAAUUAAAGUUGAUGUAUCAAAGUUGUGUUGUGUUAAGUUAGCUGUGGAAUCUUCACACAGUUUUGAAGUGGAAGUCGUUGGUUCGGUUGAUGCUUACUUGGAGCUUAUGAAAGAAAUAUUUGAUUUCCAAGCCAUCAAACAACUUAUAAGUUCUGGAUUUCAAGUAACUGCUGAUGCUCUUCAUGGAGUUAUGGGUCCAUAUGUGGUGAAGGUGUUAUGCAAUGAGUUAGGUGUCCCAGAAGCAAAUGCCAGUCAUUGCAAUCCUCUUCCUGAUUUUGGUGGCGGACAUCCUGAUCCCAACUUGACCUAUGCACAUAAUCUUGUUGAAGUCAUGCAAAAAGGAGUUUUUGAUUUUGGAGUUGCAUUCGAUGGAGAUGGGGACCGCAACAUGAUACUGGGUAAAAAUGGUUUUUUUGUGAAUCCCAGUGACUCACUGGCUGUCAUAGCAGCUAAUGUCCAGUGCAUACCAUACUUUCAGAAACAUCCUCCACAAGGUUUUGCAAGGAGCAUGCCCACCAGCUCCGCUCUCGAUAGAGUUGCAGAAAAGACCGGCCAUAAAUUUUUUGUGACACCAACAGGCUGGAAAUUUUUUGGGAAUCUUAUGGAUGCUCAUGUCAUGUCCCUAUGUGGUGAAGAAAGUUUUGGCACUGGCUCCGAUCAUAUUAGAGAAAAGGAUGGCAUGUGGGCGUGCCUGGCUUGGUUGUCAAUCUUGGCACACAAGAAGACAUCUGUUGAAAAUGUAGUCCUUCAACAUUGGAAGGCAUUUGGAAGGAACUUCUAUACAAGAUAUGAUUAUGAGAAUUGUGAGUCAGCUAAAGGUGACCAGCUGAUGUCUGAGCUGGAAAAGCUGAUAACAGCUGACAACUUUAAAGGCAAAACCUUCACUGCGUCAGGAAAGUCAUACAAAGUUAAAAUUGGAGAAAACUUUUCCUACACUGAUCCUGUUGACAAAAGUGUUUCAAAGAAUCAAGGUCUGAUAAUAACUUUUGAAGAUAAUUCUCGAAUCAUCUUUCGGUUGAGUGGUACUGGUGUGUCAGGAGCCACCAUUCGAAUGUACAUCGAUAGCUAUGAAGCAGAUCAAAACAACAUACUUGCUGAUCCACAGGUCCAGCUGAAACCAUUGGUUGAGAUAGCAUUGGAGUUGUCACGUUUAAAAGAGAUAACUGGCAGAACAAAACCUGAUGUCAUCACAUAAUAUAAUUAGCUCAAUUAAUUUAAUUUUUGAUCAUUUUUGUUGAAUUUCAAAGUUAAUUUUUUUCAUUGUUGGUAAAAUGGUUAGUUAAUUCAUUUUUAACCUAAUCAAUUCAAUCUGAUUUGUUGCUUUUUCCAUUGGAACCUGAACUGCAUUUUUUUAAACUUUAAUUUACCGUUUUUUGUGCCAUUCUGAAUGAUCUUAAAUUUGUCUGAAUUUGAUUAUUUAAACUUUUAACAUGUAUCCAAUUUUACUUAAUAAAAAAAC